AUUCGGUAUUUCGCGAAAACCCUGGUGGUUUCUGUAACAUUUUAUAAUUUGGAAGAUUUGAAAUACUGCGUUUGUCUAGACAUCUUGGAUUUCCUCUUCAAACUUUUGGAUAAAGAUGGUUCGCAUGAGUGUUUUGGCAGAUUGCUUAAAAUCCAUUGUAAAUGCUGAAAAGAGAGGCAGACGGCAGGUUCUGAUCCGUCCAUCGUCUCGUGUCAUCGUAAAAUUCCUUCAGUGUAUGCAGAAGCAUGGAUAUAUUGGGAGCUUUGAUAUAAUUGACGAUCAUCGCAGCGGAAAGAUUGUAAUUGAGCUCUUGGGUAGGAUAAACAAAUGUGCUGUAGUAUCUCCACGUUAUGAUUUAUCGCUAGAGGAUAUCGAACAGUGGUCCUCUAAUAUACUCCCAAGCAGACAGUUUGGUCACUUAGUUUUAACAACGGCAUACGGUAUCAUGGACCACGAAGAGGCCCGUCGCAAGCACACUGGUGGCAAGAUACUAGGAUUCUUUUUUUAAGACUUUCUAACGU